CCCCGUAAUUUAUCGUAUCAUGCCGGACACAGUUCUACUCCAUCUCCGGUACCAAGUACAGUAUUAAGAGUAGGGGGCGGGCUGAACCCUGGCGUCUUCUCUGCCGUUGUAGUGUGUUUUGCUUGCAACUAGCAUGUCAGCUGGGGGGGUUUCCCGCCCUGUUCGUCCAGCUUUGUAUUUCUACAUUCCCUCGCGGCGUCUUUUUUCGGUUAUAAUUUCUUUUCUUCUCGCGCAUGCUGUACCUGCUGUCAGCAAACCACUAAUUAUGCUGUGCUACAGCGAAGUUGGGCAACACCCACUGUGACAGCCAUCCGCUGGCAGUGGAAUCGCACCCCCCUAAUCUUCACCCCUACCAGCAGCCUUCAGAUAGGGUUAGCCGCUGUGGUGGGUUUUCUCUUAUAGCUCCUACUAUGGCACCUGGCCAGACUUGCACCCCCGCCGAACCUCAGCUCACUUUCUCUCCCAUUUUUCUAGAUUUGAUUUCAUCACACGCACAGUUUCUCUAUUUGAACCGAGUUGCUCUUCUUUCUUUCUCGAACGGGACCAAGUCUACAACGACACGCCACCAAGACGGUCAUUCAAAUACCCCGUCAACAUUCUUCAAAACCUCUUUCUAGGAGAGUUCACGGUGGCACGCCAACCUUGCAGCACACGCUUUUCGUUAAGAUAUAAUUUAUGGCCGAAUAUUGAGCAAGUAUUACAAUCGUUUGACUAGGCUUCACGCCAAUUAUUCGUCAACAGUCGACUCUCCACACAUGUGUGCCUCGUCAAGGACUGGGUCACCGCACCCAGAUGAUCAGACUGAACAACUGUCAGAACAAGUGCCCUGUCUAUUACCGUCUUCUGAUGAUACAUAUACUUCGAAUACAUCGGAUUUCAUUCAUGAAGAUCAAGUUCUCCAAUCAGUGGAGCCGUCCUAUCAAGUGUCAGUGGACCAGCUUCUGGAAGAGAGACUACAGACUCUCGACGCUAGACAUGGCAUAGAGUCGGGAACAUGGGACUGGCACGUCGUCAGCCGCGAAGAAAAGGUCCUCCGCACAGACAAGCCCGUACGCAUGCGCGUUCGCUGGGACUGCCAUCGGUGCAAAAUACCCAUGGACCGGGAUAAGCGGUGCACAGAAUGCCAGCACUCUCGGUGCCCCAUGUGCCCCAGAAACCCUCCAGUUCGGCAUGACAAGGAGCCAAGAGCUGACUUGGAAAGCCGUGAUGACAUGGGUAAUUCUCAGGCUCCUAUAAUGGCCGAAAUCGACUGGAAUGAUAUGGGUGUGCUGCUUAACCGCCCCGGCCUACCGGGUGGACAAGAGCUGGUGCAUAAGCCUCCAAGGCAAAGAGUACGGCGAAUGUGCCAUCUGUGCGAUUACACCUUUAUGCCAGGAAACAAGACAUGUGAAAGCUGCGGGCAUGUACGAUGUAGUGAUUGUCCCCGAGAUCCUUCGAGAAGGGAAAAGUACCCAUUUGGCUAUCCAGGCGAUGAGUUUGGUCCUAGCAGCUUUCCUGUCUACGAGUGCAUCCAAUGCCGAGAACUGUACCCCAUAGGGGCGCAACAUGGCACUCCCUGUGAAUUCUGUGGUUGCUUAAUGUCGGCAAUAUCUCAGCGUGCCAGGCCACGCGCAGUUCUUCCCAGGGCUGACCCUAGCCUUCUCGAAGCUAUCCGGGGCAAGAUCAACGCCGUCGGUGCUUGA